ACACCCACCAACACACACACACACACUGCCUCCACUUCAUUCGCACACUCCCGCCGAACUGCCAAGAGUGCCCUCGCCGCUCCACGCCUCUCCAUCUCCGCAGCGCGGUGCCUCUCUUCUCCUCUGCGCGUCCAGCUGUGCGCACAUCUCGCUCCGGAGCUCCCGACCAACCAGGGCUAAAGCUUGAAACGGUUUUAAAAAAAAAAGACUGGAGAGCAGAAGGGAAAAUAGGAAUAUGACUUCUAAAGCGAUGGAGUGUAUGAAGCUGUCGGAGGAACAGAUCAAAGUGCUGGAGGACAGUUUCAAAAAAGUCAGCAAGUAUCCGGACGGGACGACGCUCAUGUUGAUCGCUGCGGAGUGCGGGCUGUCAGAGGAGGAAACACAAAAAUGGUUCAAGCUACGUAAUGCACAGUGGAGGCAGGCGGAGGGUCUUCCGGCUGAACUCGGAUCAGUGUUGGACUGAGACUGAAGAAGAAUCUGCCUGAAGCUCUGUGUGCUGAUCUUGUUUCUCCUGGACAAACUGACCCUACCCCUAUUUCCUCAUACACUUCCCCUCUCCAUGUGUCAUUCUCUCUUUUUGUAUCUAUGAAGCUAUUUUAACUUACUGUACGGAAUGUGAAGGUGUUUGUGUGUUGUUGCCAAUAUAUCCGCCAUGUUUACAGAAAUAAAGAUAAUGUUAUUAUAACUUAAAA